UCCAAUCCGUUUUUUAGAGCCUCCCAGCCGCUGCCUCCCCAUUCAGGGCAGGGGGAGCCUUCCAGCAGCUCGGACAGCGCGGUGCUCCCCCGGCACCCCACCAGGGCUGUGCUGGCGUCCGGCACUCCCAGCUUCGAGCUCUCGCAGGCUCCCCUCAUGGCCGCUGCCGAGAGCAGUUUCUCCUCCAUGAAGGAGGUGAUGGUGGACGUCGACAGCAAGCAGCAGCGUGCGAAGCCCCACUGGUACGAGCGCUACGUCCAGCCCUGCGUGGCCGAGCUGCUGGGCAGCGCGCUCUUCAUCUUCAUCGGCUGCCUCUCCGUGGUGGAGGAUGCCGGCGGCACGGGGCGGCUGCAGCCCGCCCUGGCCCACGGGCUGGCCCUGGGGCUCACCAUCGCCAUCCUGGGGAACAUCAGCGGAGGUCACUUCAACCCAGCCGUGUCCCUGGGCGUGUGGCUGGUCGGCGGGCUGAACAUCACGAUGCUCAUCCCCUACUGGAUCUCCCAGCUCUGCGGAGGGAUAAUAGGAGCCAGCCUGACAAAGGCCGUGACGACGGACGAGCACUACGCCAACGCCACCGGAGGAGCCUUCAGCGGCGUCGUGGCCGAUGAGCAGAUCCCCUCCGUCCUGGUGGGAGAGAUCGUCAUGACCACGUUCCUGGUGCUCGCGGUCUGCAUGGGAGCCAUCAACGAGGAAACCAAGACCCCUCUGGCACCCUUCUGCAUCGGCCUCACGGUCACGGUCGACAUCCUGGCGGGGGGUGCCAUAUCCGGAGCCUGCAUGAACCCUGCCAGAGCCUUCGGGCCGGCUCUGGUAGCAAACUACUGGGACUACCACUGGGUGUACUGGGUAGGGCCCAUGCUCGCUGGGCUCCUCGUCGGCGCGCUGGUGAGGCUCCUGAUCGGUGACCGGACGACCCGCCUGUUCCUGAAGUGAGGCCAGACACAGGACUGUGCGUGCUGCCUGCUGGUGGGCCACGCUCAGCACGCCCAGCACGAGCCCCUCAGCCCCUCCGCCUCCCCCCGGGCUCCCCCACCAGCCUGCUGCAGGAAGGCUGCUCCCUCGAUGCUGCAGACACUAUGGAAAGUGACCCUGUUGGGAUGAGCGUGCAGCCGAGACAACCACGCUCCGAUUGGCACCAGGACCAUGGCACUGACUGAGCACCUUGUCCCUCCUGCCAGGGCUGCAUCUGGGCACCUGCAGCAGCUCCCAGCUCUGCCCACCUUUGCUGCUGCUGCUCCCAGGGCCCCCUCUGCUCCCCGGGGUGGGCUGGGGGAGCAGCGGGUGGCCAAGCAAGGAGCCUGCUGUAACACCAGUGCGGCAGCAAAAAGCUGAGUGAAGCAGCAGCGCGGCACGGCUCACCAGUGCUGGCACUAAGAGAGUUCUAAAUUCUUAAUGCCUAUUAUUUAAGAGGCCUGAUGCAGCUCCUGGCUGCGUGCCUUCACGUGCACCUGAUGGGAGCUGCCUGGCCCCAAAUGUGGAGAGGUCACCAUAAAGCUCUCCUGCUCCUUCAGCACGUCUGCAGCUCCUGUUGCAGCACCCCUGCUGUCCCCUGCAGUGUCCCCUCCCUGUCCAGCCCAUGGGAGCCCCCUCCCCAGUCUGUGCCGCGGUCAGCUUCCCUCCCUCGCACACAUCCUGGGCUUCUUGCUGCAGAGAGCACCACGGGGAGCUGGUCCCUGCCCGUCCUGCUGCCAGCAGGGCUGCCUGAAGCCAGGCGCUGGUUGCAGGCUCUGCAGCGUUUGCAGUUAGCUCAUGGGCUGUGACAACAGAGCUGCUCCCCCCAGCUGCGUGCCAGGACACCAGCUUUAGUUUUUGGAGGUUUCUUGGCACGCUGAGCAAAACAGCAUAAAGGGAAAUGGGGAUGGGAGGAGGGCCCACACCGGCUGCAGGCCAGGAUUAUCGGGAGAAGUGAGGCUUGGUGACAGAGUCCAAUUUCUGAGAUAUGUCGGCAUCAGGAGGGCUGGGGGCAAAGCAUGAGCCCAAGGCACAGGUGGCUGUGCCCCUGGGGCUGGGGGCGAGGACAGGGGGCUGUGCCGGGAGGGGAGCCCUGCUGCCACGAGCUGGAGUCAGCAUGGGGAGCGUGAUGGAGCUGUGUGGGCACGGGGAGAGCAGCCAGCACAGCCAGCUCUACGUCAGGCUGGGAUCCGUCCCUGCAGCAGCUCUGCCCUGACUCAUCGUGCGACUGCAGCCUCCCAGGGGAUGGGGGUGUGGGCAGUGACCCUUCCCCGAAGGCUCGGCAGGCUGUGCUCGGUGAUAAAACAGCACGCAAGUGCUCCUGCAAAUACUCCCAGGGCACACCUAAAGGUACCUGGGUUUAGUCACUCCUCAUUUUGUAACUUUGAACAGGGUUAGAGGUUCCUCAGCAUGUCUCUAGAAGGCAGGGUGGUACUGGGAAGUUUUAGAAAAGUGACUGAGGGCACAGAGCUUAUUGCUUUUCCAGCCCUUACGAGUGUUGGUGUGAGGUGCCCCCCGUCUGGCCAGGGGAAAGGCGCUGUCCUGGGGCAGGUGUCCCCUGCCCACAGUGGGGCUCUGUGCGGUGCCAGUCCAGAAAUGAGCAUCUGUGGUCCUGGGGGCAAACCCCCCUGGGAUGGGGUGGGACACGGGCAACGGGGAGAGAAAAUUAACAGGAAAAUAACCCAAAGCAAGUGAGUGUGGGGAGGGAGAGGGGCAUGGCAGGGGCUGCCGGGUGACCCGAGGGCAGCCAGAAGGGCAAGAGUGGGACAGGGCCAGGAGGAAGCAGGCUGAACUGUGUCUCCGUGGUGCACUGAUGUGUGUCCUGCCCUGCCAGCAGCGGUGUGCAGGGCCCUGCCUGCUCGCCCUCCUCCACCACCCCCAGCUCCCCAGGAAAGCCCCAGGGUGAAGCCCGUCCUUCUCACCCUGCUGCUCCACAGGGAGGCAGAAAGCUGUCACAGCAGCUGGCACGGCAGGAAGGACAUCCCCAGCUUUCUGAUGGCCCCGUGGGGCUGGCAGAGUCCUGCACAAUGCCACCUCUCUGCUGUCAGCUCGCUCGCUUUAUUCCCAGCCCAGGAAAUGACCCACACAUGUGCACGCACAUGCACCAAGAUGUAUUUUUUCUAUUUUUAAAAAGGGCAAGGUUGUAGAGAGGCUGCGGCGAGGAAAUGCCAGAACGAAAGCAUCCUUGACUCAGCGCGUGCGUCUGCGUGCGGGGCUGGGCAGGGGGACGUGCACCCGGCGCGGGGCCGCGUGGGCCCAGGUGAGCCGGGGCGAAGGCAGCUGCCGGUUCAGGAAGGAAAAUGAUGCAACCCACAGGAGGAGACAAACAGCCUGAAGAUGUCACCGGGACGGUUGUCAUGGCAACGCUACAAAAAAUGCCAAACCAAACAAGGAGCAGAGCCGCUGCUUCCUCCCCAGCAGGACUCCCCAGGGGUGUGGGAGCUGAGGGGCAGUGGGGAGGCACCGCGGGGGUCCUGAGCGGUCCCAGCCCAUUUCUGGGGAGCAGAGCUCUGCCGGAGCGAGGCUGCAGGCCCCUGGGAGCGGCAGGGUGACCACCUUCCCCUUUCGAGAGGAAGCACGGCCCGCAGCACCCGCAGGAAGCGCAUUUAUAGCUACAGCUGCCUCUGCGCGGGAGCUGGGGCUGGCGCCACGCUCUACCUCGGCUUGGUGCUGCACCCCAAAUUGGUGCUGUGCCCCAAAUUGGUGCUGUGCCCCAGCUCGGUGCUGUGCCCCAGCUGGGGACCGCUGUCCCAUAGGGGCGGUGAUGCUGCCAGUCACAGUCCCCAAACUCAGACCAGGAGCAGGAGAUGGGGUGCCCCAUGCACAUCCGCGUGUCCUUCCCCAUUUUGCCGGUGAUGUGUUCAGCACAUUCAUUUUGAAUUUGUCAGGGUGACUUUUAAUAAAGCAUCUGUAAUACA